GGCUGACCCUGCUUUCUCUGUUGUAUGUCGCUUUGGAUAACAGCGUCUAUUAAAUGCGUUUUCGUAUCAAAUUCAAUACACUCCUUGACAGUAACCAUAAUAGUGUCCGAAUUUGGAGAUCCUAAGAUGACCAUAACAAGGUGCGCAGUGGGCGCCACGCUGCAGACCCCGCGCUGGAUCGCGUUUCAACUAAGCAAGACGGACGCACUGUAUUCAAACGUCUAAAGUCUAACAUCGAAAUGGGGAAAACAUCAUCAGCAGGAAAAUAUAACAUUUAAGUUGCUAAUCUUUCACAGAAUCCGCAUAAGCAGUCCUAAAGUGAGAAGUGCAGCUGCAGCGACGCGUACCUCAAAAUAUUCAUUUAAAAUGGCUGUUGGCUGAGGGAAUCCCCAGUAUCAUAACAACAAAAAAAAAAACGCACUUUCAUUUAGAUAAACCCGAAUAUAAAGAUGGAUGGAAGACAGCAGACCCCGUUUCCAGCGGAUUAUCUCCAGUACUGGCUCCAUGCCACCCAACAGAUCCAGGCACUCCAGGCAGCACAGUUCCAGCAGACGGCCUGGCCUAACCCUCUCUUCCAGCAGUCACAUCACAUACCCAUCUCUCUACAUACCACUGCUAGCACUGCCAUUCCUGUGCAAGACCACGCUCCACUCACAGCUUCACCAGCCCCAGUUCAAGCACCAACAAAGGGCAAGAGAGGAAGAUCUAAGCAGGAACUCAAAGAGAAAACUGAGGCCAAGAAGGCCAAAGAGAGUGUGGAGGAGACGACAUGUGAGGCCUCCAAGGAAGGGGUCCAGGAAAAAACCGACGAGGCCCCCAAGAAACCCAAGAGGAAAGUGGAUCGCUUUAAUGGAAUGACUGAGGCUGAAGUGAUGACCAAAACUCUGCCUGACAUCCUUGCAUACAAUCUGGACUUUGUGAUAAUUGGAAUCAAUCCAGGACUAGUGGCAGCUUACCUUGGGCGGUGGUUUCCUGGUCCUGGGAACCAUUUUUGGAAGUGCCUCUUCAUGUCUGGAAUCAGUAAAGAGCAGCUCAACCACAUGCAUGAUCAGACUCUUCCAGAGAAGUAUGGCAUUGGCUUCACAAACAUGGUGCAGAGGGCCACACCUGGAAGCAAAGACCUCUCCAGUAAGGAGUUUCGUGAAGGAGGCAGGAUUCUCGUGGAGAAGAUGCAGAAAUACAAGCCUCUCAUAGCGGUCUUCAAUGGGAAAUGUAUUUAUGAAAUGUUCUGUAGAGAGGUCUUUGGUGCCAAGCCUAAGAAUCUUGAAUUUGGGUUGCAGCCAACCAAGAUCCCAGAAACGGACACGGUGUGCUACCUCAUGCCCUCAUCCAGUGCCCGCUGUGCCCAGUUCCCACGUGCUCAAGACAAAGUACAUUACUACAUCAAACUCAAAGAGCUGCGUGACCAGCUCAGGGGUGUGGUCCACAACCAGGACCUGGAGGAAAUUCAGUAUACUUUUGACCUUGGCAUGGCUAAAGAGGAUGCCAAAAAGACGGCCAUCAAGCAAGAGCAGUAUGACCCGGGCUACGAGGCAGCUUUUGGUGGGGCGUAUGGAGAGAUGGAACCUGGAGCUUCACAGAGCACCAGCCAGUGCACCUUUUCCUGUGGAAAUCAGCAGGGGUUACCAAGGAGUGACGUGGCUCAGGUGCCGGAUGGCCAUUGGAUGAUGGAAUCUUUCACGGAUCAGAUUCCAGAUAUCAGAGGCAGCUCUGAUAUUUAGGGAGAGGGGCAGGCUUGUACCAAAGUGCCUCUUACACCCUGCUGAAUAUACCUCAUUUUUGGAUGGCUGAGCCAACAUAAAAUGUUGCACAAUGUAUGGGUGGAAUUUUCACUGUUUACACGAUAGAAUUUAGGUAUCAUAUGUAAUUUUAGUAAAUUCUGGUUCAACAUAACAUGCAGGUUAUAUUCAUGUGAGUUUUAUCUCAUAGUCCAAAGACCUUUAUAUUCAGGAAGGUUUGUAUCAGCUAAUAAUGUGACAACUACAGAUAAUGUAACAGUAUGCCAAUAACAUAAUUUCUCCAUUCUUAAUGUAAUGUCAGUAAUGUAAUGUUUUGCUGUAAUGUAAAAUUAUUACAUUAUUAGUUCAGCAAAUGUAUUACAUUAUUGGCCAGUUAUUAAAUUGACUUGCAUUAAGAAGGGGGAAAUUUAUUACAUUAUCACCAGUUAUUACUGGCCUCUACCAGGUUACUUGUUUUUUUUAAGUGUUUAAUUGCUGCUUAUGGUUAAAUCAGGGAUUUACUGAUAGGUUUUUAGCUGAAGAAAUUGAAAUUAGUAAACUAGGGACUGUGCAGUUUUUUUUUGACUGCUUGUUACUGCAUUAACAUUCUGAGUGGCUUCAUGAAGUGUCUGUGCAUGUUGUAGGCAGCCACCUACCCCAUCGUGAGUGGGACUUUUCAUCCUUACCAUUUGACUCCUUCUGAACACUAUCCAAUCAUAAUACUCCUUAUGGCAGUAGCACAGAAUGCAAAUGCCUAAAAUGUAGUAACCUAAUAAAUCUUAAUGAAGAUUUGUACCUGCUAUGUGGAGUGGGGACCAGACAGGUGCUGGGUGGGACAUACAAGCUUGCCAAGGGGAGCAGGAAGGGUCUACAGGUGUCACGAGAUCCUUUGGAGUCAACUGCAUUUUAAUAAACCCAUGUCUGUUGUA